UCUCUCUCUCUCUCUCCCUCUCUCUCACAUCAGCAACGACUCAGCAAAAGAGUCCAGCUGAACAAGAUAAUCCUCCGUCCUCAGAAGCUGCAGAUAUUCCUCUUAGAGCUUCUCGAGCGUCCCGUUCUGGUCUUUUGCUGGUUCUUUUUCGGGUGGGUACUCAGGACAAUGAGGGUUGGCAGUACUGUCGUCAUUUGCCCCGUUAAAAAAUUAAUGGUGACCGCGAUCUUGCGGAUCUCCAACAAAGAAGCCGUAUAGCCCAGCAGUUUCAUCUGACCUAACAUGAGCCACUUCCCUGCCAAGUAACCCUCCUUGACUGGAGGACCAGCUAAUCGCAGUGUUGCAGUCGAAACUGUAGUUUCUAGGUAACGGGAAGGACGUGGUAACCCCAAUGGCCUUGGGAAGAUGAACUAUGGGCCUCUCCAUGGCCUCCGCGGAUGCUUUAUUAGGGCUCUUCUAGUUGUUGUGCUUCGAUUUCUUGGUGCUCUCUUUAGUGGAUUUGGCGGUCGUUUUCCUCCUCUUAGUGCGGGUGAACGAUGCGCCGGGCGGGUGUCUUGACUUCUCAGGAGCCUUUUGCUGAGGUGGGUGUUCCAGUAAUUCUUGCUCUCGUUAUCGGUUCGACUGAGGAGCCUACUGGCAAUGAGACACCAGCGGUUGCCAAGAAGGGAGUGCAAUCUGAUUUGGCAUGACAGCUCCCCUUGAAUCUGUUCCAUUCGGCUUCUCGGUCUUUGUUAGAGAUUUUGUACCUAGUGGAUUGGCUUGCCUGAUGAAAAAAGAGAUGGAACCAGAAAUUGUGAAGAACUUCCUGUUAAGGACCCUUCAUCCCAAGGCUGGGAAAAGAGAAUCGAUAACUUCACUCUUGGAGAAGGAGUCAUGCCUGAGAGCUUCAAAGUCGGUUUUGACUUGCAAGACAAAAAAGGAGAGACUAGUGGCGGAUUUUGGCGGCAGUGCGAUAGGAAGAGUCGCACCUGUUGAUUCAGGGUUCUGGUGGAUCAUACUUACAAAGUGCGCGCAUGAUUAUUCCCUUGCAGACCUGCCAGUUGUGCAGAAAGGAAUGAAGCUGAUACUUAUCCUUUGCCUAUCUUAUGGAUUUGACACAUUCCCAACGCUUCUUUGCGCAGAUGGUUGUAGCAUGAUUGAAAAAGAAUGGCGAGUUUUCUCAUCGUUCUUUUUCUUGAGUUUUAUUGAGCUAAAACUUGUCAAAAUGGCUGCGCGCAUGCUUGGCAUAUCCGAGGAAUUAAGAAUUCACUUUUAGUUUGUUUAGUUACUGUUGUAUCGAGAGUUGAAUCCUACCUCUCAGAGCAUCAUCUGAUGCAGGCUAGAGAAGAUCAUUACGUGGCGCUAAGGUUUCUAUCCCCAGUAGCCUUCAGAGCAAACCAAUACCAAUUGCAUUUUUUAAUGGCUGCAGCCAUGCUUAAGCAACGCAACGCAACCUAAAUUAUUAAUUUUGUAGCUAGUCUAUCUUACGUCUACUCCGUAAAGCAACAUGUGAUGGUGAUGGAUAAAAAGUGCAAAUGGGAGCUAGAGACCGGAAGACGACGGUCCGAUUGGCGGGUCUUCCAUUGGAUCCGACAGUCGCCUGACACCAAGAAAGCAGAGGAAGCAUCGCCUUAAAAAUCGGAACUUUUUUUCCUCAAAGAGCGAGGUGCGCGAAGUGAUACGAGCUGGAAGGAGUGCUUGAGGCUGGAGUUGGAGCGCAGCGCGUCGAGGAGAAGCUGUUCCCAUGGUGCCGUCGCCGUUGGACUGGCCAUGUUUCUGAUUCUUCCACUCUGCUUUGGGGAUAACUGGACAACAAUUCAUAUGUUUCUUCUU